AUGAAAAGAGACGGGCGGCUUUUCAGGGAAAGUGCAAAUGAGGCCAAGCAGGAACGGUGGGAGCAGUACGUGACCGAGGUGUCAUCAGAGAAGGCACUACACAGGUUCUGGAAAUUGCACAGAAAAAUGAAGGGAUUAAGGACUGACACUGGCUCUCUGUCUGCUAAAGAUGAGAACGAUAGACUACUGGAGACAGAUGAAGCAAAAGGCCGGGCUUUCCUUGAGAGGUACAUCAAGCAGACUCACCAAGGCAACAUGGAGGAGCGCGAUAACAUCAGGGCAAUUAUGAAAACCCCUGUGCCAGAGGUGCUGUAUGGAGAGGGUGUCACAAUACAGGAAGUGACGCGGGUAAUAAGCGGAACGAUGGAUAGUGCAGCAGGGCCUGAUGGGGUGAGAUACAGCCAUUUUAAGGAUGCAGAUGAAGAAGAUCUACAGGGUAUGGUGGAGGACUUCAACGAGAGUUUGGCGAAAGGCAAGAUCCCAGAGGAGUGGCUACACAGCUACCUCAUGCCUCUUCCAAAACCAGGCAAAGACCAUUCCAACAUCAAGGGAUACAGAAUCAUCACCAUGCAGAACACGUAUGGAAAGAUCCUGGAAAAGAUUGUGGCCAAAAGACUGAGAAAGGAGGAGACAGCAAUGGCUGCAAUAGACCUAGAGGAUGCUUACAACCGAGUUGAUUACGGCAAGCUCAAGGAUCUCCUGAUGGAAAUGGAUGUUGACCCCUGGUUGGUACAAUGGACCCCUGAGGCUCUGUUUGAGAGGAAGGUGGCGCUGAGAAUCAUAGACUAUGGUCUGGGUAUCCUCUCCCUGUCCAAGGCUCAGAUAGACAGGUUGGAGAGAGUACAUAAUGCAGCUAUGAGGGUUGUUCUGGGUCGCACAAAGGACACCCAUAUUGUCUGUAUGAGAUACAUCCUUAACCUGGCCAGCAUCAAAGUGAGGCAUGAGGUGGCAUAG